UCUCAGUACAAGAACUGACACUCCCCUCUUCUCCUCCUUCUCACUCUUUGAAGCGGGAAACUGAUGGCAACUUCUUCUUUUCUCUUUCGCUCCUCAAGCAAAGCCAUGGCUUCUGCAAACCCAGUCCAGUCCCUUCUCCAUGAGCUCACUUGCUCCCUCUGCCUGAAGGAGUUCAUGGACCCAGUGAUGCUCAUCGGAUGCGGGCAUAACUUCUGCAACGCUUGCAUCACCAAGCACUGGAAAGGCUCCCUUAAGAACGUCUGCUGCCCUCAGUGCAAGAAGGGUUUCUUGAAGGCCAAGCUGCAGCAAAACGGGCCGCUGAAGAACAUGGUGGAGGCAAGUCGGCAGAUCACCUGGGGAAGCCUGAAAGAGUCAGCCACGUCCGAGAGCACCUGCCCUUCGCACAAGGAGCCUCUGACACUUUUCUGCCAAAAGGACAGCAUCCUGAUCUGUGCAAAGUGUGAGGUUCAGCAUCAGGACCACACCAUCCUGCCCAUACAGAAGGCUAUUGACGAGCAAAAGGUAAUAAUAGACGGAGCUUUCAGAUAGAGGGGGGGUGGCAAAACUAUGUACAGUGGUACCUCAGGUUAUAGUCACUUCAGGUUACAUACACUUCAGGUUACAGACUCCACUAACCCAGAAAUAGUACCUCGGGUUAAGAACUUUACCUCAGGAUGAGAACAGAAAUCGUGUGGCGGCAGCAGGAAGCCCCAUUAGCUAAAGUGGUACCUCAGGUUAAGAACGGUUUCAGGUUAAGAACGGACCUCCAGAACGAAUUAAGUUCUUAACCCGAGGUACCACUGUAAUUGUUAUUAAUGUUUCUUUAGAAUAGGUUGCGUCUUGCCCAAAGUCAAAUUUCAGCUAGGACUCUGCCUCAGUGCCCUUUAAGAUGUCCAGAGAGACCCAUUCAACUUUUGAGGCCACUAGCCAUAAAAAAGAAAAAUGACAACACGCAAAAUUAAAUUAAGGCACCAAAAAAAAGGGGGGGUGAGUGGGUUUUUUUAUAUAAUCAGCAGACCUGAAAGGAUGUGUUCGUGAUGGUCUAACCUUAUGCCUUCAGAACAUAUAUUAUUUUAUUUAUCAAUGUUUUAAACUUUUUAAUGUGGCAGAAUCUGUAUCAGUUAACAAAAAGAAAUACUGUAUGUCUUUUGCAAAUCACAUCUCUCAUUUGUUUAAAUCUGUAGCCCUAAAUUAAAAAAACAAGUCGCCAGACUUAUUAAAUGCCAAAAAACCCCACAAAACCACUCCACAAGUGUCUAAUGGCGGUGUAAGGGCAGAGCCAGACACAAAAUGGAGGCCGAGGUUGGCAUAAUCAGCUGGCAAUUACUAACAUCACUUUUUACUGCUCUCUGAUCCAUCUUUGGAAAUAGCUGAAAUCUUUCCCACAAUAUCUUCCUUGUGGCAAGCAGUUCCAUAGCUCAGUUUUCCUCCAUCUGCUCUGGAGGUAUUGUGACUCAGCCUCCCCAUGCUAGGGAGAAUUUAGUGAUCCCUUCCCUUUCCCACCUUUCUCUCAAAUUAUUUUUACCCAUCUCCUGUAAUUUCUUCUCCCAAUCCCCUUUUGCAUUCAACUUGUACCUUAUUCCUCAUCCCCAAACUGUUAGUUUUCUUUCAUCCCUCCCCCUGCCCUGGUCAUUUCACAUUCACUUCUGCCUGCUAUAAGAGCUUUCCACUCCUAUUCCCUUCCUUUCUAUCCCUGUUUCAUUUAUUUAUUUAAUCAAUAUGUUGUUGGGGGAAAGCUGCCUGGGCCUCAUCACUUCUCAAGUUCUAACAAAAGUCUGGGUGAGGUUAGGAGGACAUGUAAGUCAUGAGUUUUCAGAAAACGAAACUGAAAAAAGCAGCCCUUAUGCUGUCUUCACAGCAAGAGUCUUUCUGCGCCCUUCAACCUACUCUGUACUUUUCUGCCUGCUGUUAGCGAAACUUUGAAAAGCCUUUAUAUAAGGCGUCUGAUAUGCUUGGAACUUCCUGGGGAAAACCUCCUGAUGCUUUGAGUGACCCAACUUGCAUGUAUACUGUAAUUAAAUUGCUUCUGGCAGAUUUUUACACUAAACGCAAAGUGCAAUAUUCCAGAAUAUUAAUUUUUAAUCUCUCUCUUUCCCGCCCCCCCCCUUCUAAUUUCCUUUCUAAUUUCCUCUGGUCCAACUAAAAGGCUAUCUGCAUGAGUUGUAAGCCUCAAUAUCCACCUUGGAGCAGGCAAGCCAGAACACAGAUGUGUGUGAACCUUCUUUCAUUUUUAUUUUUUAUUUCAGCCCCUUCAUGCCUGCCUUCUACUCAGAACCUUGGGUGUUAUCAGUCAAGCAUCCAAGUAUUCUGACUAGGUCGAGCUGUGCUGAAAGUUUUGAAACCAGAUAACACCAGCUGCACACAUUCCUAUGAGAUUUACUCGUGGGUCCUUUGUUCUGGGUUUCUUCUUCCUUGUUUUUUUGCUUGGGAGUUGGAACCUUGUUGCAACAAUAAAAGAUCAGGCUUCCAAGCCGCUGUUUUGCUUCAAUUGGCCUGGCUGUGGUCUUGCUGGAACUUGACUAAUUCUGAACUAGCAGAGCUAGCGAAGUUGAGAAAUUUAAGUAUCCUACCCCAAGUUUUGUCCUUGUCACUUGUGAAUGUGUAUUUCCCUCAGCACUUUCUGCUGCAGCCCCUGUCCUCUUUUUAGAAUGUGUGGGGAUUAGGUGUGCCAUGGCAAAGCAAGAAGUGCUUGGGUGCACUGUGGCCAAAGUUUCCUGUUUAGGGAAGUUUUUAAUGUUUAAUGUUUUAUCAUAUUUUUAAUAUUCUGUUGGGAGCCACCCAGAGUGGCAGGAGAAAAUAUUAUUAUUAUUAUUAUUAUUAUUAUUAUUCCCUUACGUGGUGCCUGUGUGGUAAACCAGUUGCAUGAGAAGCGAACUAAGCUGGGAAAGUACAGUGGUACCUCGGGUUACAUACGCUUCAGGUUACAGACUCCGCUAACCCAGAAAUAGUACCUCGGGUUAAGAACUUUGCUUCAGGAUAAGAACAGAAAUUGCAUGGCAGCGGCGUGGCAGCAGCGAGAGGCCCCAUUAACUAAAGUGGUCUUCAGGUUAAGAACAGUUUCAGGUUAAGAAUGGACCUCCGGAACGAAUUAAGUAUGUAACCAGAGGUACCACUGUAUAAGGGUUCCUCCCUCUCCCUUUUUAGAUUAUGUGGUUGUUUUGAAGUCAAACCACUGCAUUAGCAACAUCAAAGUGACCUCCCUGGCGUGCCAGUCUGGGCAGUGUCUAUGGAGGUCUUGGGCUGCCCAGGCUACAAGACCCCCUAUAGUGAAGUUGGGAAAUCUCAGUAUGCCAAACGCUGGUUCACGCAGGAGUGAGGCAUUGUGGGAGAGAUAAAAUUGUGGCCUUCUGGGGAAUGGUUGUGUUAACGGAGAAAUCUGAGGGCUCCCUUGGACAAAAAAACAAGGACACCAGCCAGGAAUACCAGAGCAAAACAGCAGCCAGUAGGCUUGGUCUUUAUUGAAGACCAUCGUGACAGGACUCCCACCUGCCACAAGGUGGAACAAGAUGGAAGCCACGAACAAAAGAGCCCCCAAACUUUUAUUAGCUGCUAAUCCCCAUGUUGGGUAAAGUAAAGGGACCCCUGACCAUUAGGUCCAGUCGUGGCCGACUCUGGGGUUGCGGCGCUCAUCUCACUUUAUUGGCCGAGGGAGCCGGCGUACAGCUUCCGGGUCAUGUGGCCAGCAUGACUAAGCCGCUUCUGGCGAACCAGAGUAGCACACAGAAACGCCGUUUACCUUCCUGCCGGAGUGGUAUCUAUUUAUCUACUUGCACUUUGACGUGCUUUUGAAAUGCUAGGUUGGCAGGAGCAGGGACCGAGCAACAGGAACCCACCCCGUCACGGGGAUUUGAACCGCCGACCUUCUGAUCGGCAAGUCCUAGGCUCUGUGGUUUAACCCACAGCGCCACCCGCGUCCCCAUGUUACACCCCCCAAACUACAUCACUCAUACAUCACGGUUACAUCAUGAAAGGGGAGGUCUGGUGGCAGUAAUCUGAGCAUCCUGGACCCUGCCCCAUGGUUCUCCUUGCCCUCCACCAAACACCCAUCAAGUGUAACAAAAAAGAUAUUUACAUUUCCCUGUUUCCCAGCCAAGUUAAUCACACCCUUUUGUCUUCAUCUGGGUUUGUUAUUUCUGGAAUGGCUACCUGUCUGGCAUCAGGUAUCAGGAUGCCAGGGAUUAUCACUCAGGCAGAGGGGCUGAGGAGUAGCUGAGCUCACAUGUCUAUAUGAAUUUCUGAAGUUUUCCCAGUGAGCCAGUACAUAGAUACAUUUACCAGUGAAUUGUUACGUUUGGUAUCGUGCAGCAAAGGCCCUUUGAAUAGACAGGAAGAAACUGUGAUGAAGUGUUUUGUGGGGACAAAUCACAAAAGUCACAAAAGCGAUUGUGCUGAUUUUGGUAGUGGGCUGCAUGUGCAGGAUAUCUGCUGGAGGGGCAACCCCCCCACCUAUACAUAAAUUCCUGCAACAGUUGUUUGGUCUCUUUAAACAUAAAACUCCCUGUUUCUAGAAGUGUGAGUCAAUUACAUCUUGACUCUAGGCAGGAUGAGAGCUUAUCUGAUUUGCAGACCCUGGCACAGCUAGGUGUAGAUUGGGUUGUAAAUAAGGCACAGGAGGCUAUAAAGUAAUUUACAGUUUCGGAGCCUGGUACUUGUAAGAGAAGCCUGGGAACGAAGGAAGAGCCUUUUGAACUAUUGUUGCUGUGUGAGUAUGGUUUUAGCUAGGUAUAUUUUACAAUGUUUUUAUUUUUUGUUUGUAACCUUCUAAGAAACGUGCAACUUUUUGAGUGGCUUGUUCAAUAAACUGGAAAAAGGACUUUUUGUCUUUUGUACUCUGCGCCUUUGCUGGGAGAAGCUAAACUGGUGCCUGACCGUUUGGACACCUACCUGUUGAAUUUCUGUCUGCGUCUCGGUAAAGUGACUCAGGGCUGGGCCAACCCGGUAAAUAUCGAAGGGGGGUUCUCCUCCUUGAACCGCAUACAAGGGUGGUCCAGGAAAGGAGGUGGUUGGCAGCUUUACUGUUUGGCUUGUGAUUUGCAACAACUAGCGAUAGCUCCCCCUUCCUGGCCAAGUCUAGGAGGAAUGGUCAGGGGGGAGUGGAUAGUCCCGCUCACUACAAGCCCCCCCCCCCCCGGCCUCACUGAUGUGGUCCAAAGGAAAGUGUUAUGGAAAUUACGGGGGGGGGGCACAUAUUUAAAGUUGUUAACAGUCACAAAUAUUAUGCCUGAAUGUAUCCUUUCGACUUGACAGCUCAGGGAAUACACCUAGCUUUAUGAUUUAUAUAGGGAUGCAGGUGGCGCUGUGGUCUAAACCACUGAGCCUCUUGGGCUUGCCGAUCAGAAGGUCAGCGGUUCGAAUCCCCGCGACGGGGUGAGCUCCCGUUGUUCGUUCCCUGCUCCUGCCAACCUAGCAGUUUGAAAGCACGUAAAAGUGCAAGUAGAUCAUUAGGUACUGCUCCGGCGGGAAGGUAAACAGCGUUUCCGUGCGCUGCUCUGGUUCACCAGAAGCAGCUUAGUCAUGCUGGCCACAUGACCCAGAAGCUGUCUGCGGACAAACGUCGGCUCCCUCGGCCAAUAAAGCAAGAUGAACGCCGCAACCCCAGAGUUGUCCGCGACUGGACCUAACGGUCAGGUACUUUACCUAUGAAUUGUAUAAAAUCAACACCUUUGCCAAGUUCCUCCAUUCCAACACCAUUUUGCCCUUGGAAAAAGGACUCUUUCCGCUGCCACCUCCCCAAACUUGAAGACAUGUAUACACUCCAGGAAAUGCCUAGAGGUGAUAAUUGCUGGGAUCAUUGUUCUCCAAGGGAAGCCAGAGCUCAUCACCAGACUUGCCUCAGGCUCCAGACAUGCAAAGGAAGUUCUAUUGUACUUUGGGUUGUGGGACUUCAGAGGUGUUUGCCUAUGCUAAUCUUAUACAGUGGUACCGCAGGUUACAUACGCUUCAGGUUACAGACUCACUAACCCAGAAAUAUUACCUCAGGUUAAGAACUUUGCUUCAGGAUGAGAACAGAAAUUGUGCUCCGGCGGCGCGGCAGCAGCAGGAGGCCCCGUUAGCUAAAGUGGUGCUUCAGGUUAAGAACAGUUUCAGGUUAAGAACGGACCUCUGGAACGAAUUAAGUACUUAACCUGAAGUACCACUGUACCUGGGUCUUGCCCUGCCAUGUCUGCUUAUGGUAAUCUUGUACCAAGGACUUGUCCGGACAUGUUUGCCAAGGUUAAACUAGUGUAAUCCCUGUCUACCCCUCCUCUUUUGUGACAUGUCAGUGAUGUAGCAAUGAUGCUGUACGAACUGUAUUCUGGGAUAUGGUGGGGAAGUUUUAAAAGUCUUUGUCACCCCAUCCUCAGGGUUCAAAUUUGCUCUUUGAACCUAUUGCGCAAUAAACUUUGGUCUACAGCUAUUUGCUCCGGUUGGUGGCUGGACUCCCUCCUUUAUUCCGCAGGGACCCGCGGGCUCUGGGUGACUGAGCAGCCUCACACCUAGAUUUUUCCGUAACAGAAAGCAGAGCAAUACAUGUGGCACCAGUUUGGCUGCAGGAGUUGCCGAAAGGAGGCGUACAAGGCACCAACCAACCACUUCUAGUAGCAUUGCAGAAUAUAGCCAAUUUUCCCUGUUAUUUGCAUCCAGGGGAAAAAAUAUGCUUGCCAAUAAAAUUUGCACUAUAUUCUGCUACAUGUCUGGAAGUGGCCUUUAUUCAAUGUAGAAGCUCAGAUAUAUUGCAGAACUCAACUGUCAGAGAAACAGAACCAACUGUCCUAUGAAUGCAGCCUGAAUGUGGGCAGGGGGACUGAGUUGUAUUCUGGGGCAGGAAACUGCAAAUAAACUGCAACUACCUUUGACUCCUGAAUGCUAGGACCUUUUCUCCAAGUUCUUACACCUGAGAAGUCUAACUGUAAUGUGUCUGAAGGCAGGAACAAACUAAAAUCCAAUUCUGUCUUCCCCUUCACAAAUUCAUCUUAGGAGCAAAUUCUGAGCAAGCUGAAGCAACAACAAGCUUUGGUUGAAAAGUUAAAAGAAGCUGUUGCAUGUGGUGCCAAGGAACUGCUGGUAAGUCUUGCAUAAACGCUCAGCACCUACAGAUGGAUGCUUGAUUUACACCAGACAGCAUAUGAGGCCUGCUGCGGACUGGGAGAUGUCCCUGCCCCACUGCUAUGCCUUAUCUCAUUCCCCAGGAGGAGAGAGAGAGAAUUAAGAAGCUAUUUGAUAGUCAUUUUCAAGUAACUGAAUGUCAGGCACUUACUCAAGAGACCAAAUUUUAUUUUCUGUUGCUCUGGAUGGUAAGACCCAAACCAAUGGGUUCAAGUUACACUCUCUCUCUCUCUCUCUCUCUCUGUGUGUGUGUGUGUGUGUGUGUUUUCAUUAUGCAGUAAAACAGCAUAAUAAAACCAUCAGAACAACCAAGCUGUGAGUACUCAGGGCAGAAGUCCUGUCCAAACCACCACACUCUGACCAUCUUAUGAGAGGGCUACCUAAGCUACCACGUUGCUUGCACACUUUCCAGUCCAUUAAAAAGUGCAUCAUCGUUUUUUAUUUCAGCCCUCACGUAAGAACAAAAAGUUCUUGCCUGAACAUUAGAAAGAGCUUCCUGACAGUAUGAACUGCCCACUAGUUUGAGGCUUGUUUAUACGUUGCACUGAAUGAAAGUACAAGCUGUUGUAUCUCUCUACUCAUGUUGUUGGCACUCGCCUGUCACAAGAGACAUUGGAGUGCGCCUCUGAGGGUGAAGUCAAACAUUAGCAGCAAUGAAGUAACCUCCCCAGGGUGCAAGCCCGGGUGGUAUGUAUGGAGGUCCUGGGCUGCCCAGACAACAAGACACCUCCCCCCCGGCCUCACUGGUGUGGUCCGAAGGAAAACAGAGCAAUACUCACGUAUGUGUGAAAUAAAUCAAAGAAAGGCUGCGGACAUACCAUACAUUUAUUUUAUUUUAUUUUAAAAUAUAUUUUAUUAGAUUUUUUUCCAACUAUACAAAAGUAAAAAAUCACCAUAACAGAAACAAUAGUCACACACACACACACACACACACACACACACACACACAACUGUAUGUCAAAACAAUUUCAAAUCCAAAAACAGGGAUUCUCCAAAUCCCGGGACUUCCCUUCACCCCCCCCUCUGGUUCCUUAAUUUUUCUUUUCAACUGCCUAUCAUUACUACUCCAAAAAAAUUCCAACCAGUUUUUCCUAUUAUAUUUCUAAAAUUACAAGGGUUCUUAAAAUCCUGCCAGUGUGUUAACUUGUUUACAGUACCUUUGCGUAUAUACAUUUCCCAUUCUUUUCUGAAUUUCUUGUCGUCUUGGCUUCUGAGCUUUCCAGUUAAUUUCGCCAUUUUGGCAUAUUCCAUCAACUUGAUUUGCCGGGGACAUACCAUACAUUUAAAACAUACAGCUUCAUUCAAAGAAUCCUGAGAACUGUAGCCCUCAGUGCUACGCUUCUCAACACCCUUAACAAACUACACUUCCCAGGAUUCUAUGGGGCUAAGUCAUGUGUUUUAAAUGCAUUGUGUGUAGGCAGCCAAAUAAUAACAUGAAAUCUGUUGGGAAAGGCAGUGGGUAAGAUGCUUGCAGGCCUAUCAUCCUGUCAUCAUAGGUUUAGCAUAUAUAGUUUGAACCUACAGUUCUGCUGCGAGGAAUAAUUUUCUUGUUUGGCUUGUUCUUUGUUUCUGUCCCACCACAGGAUCAGGCGAGCCUUGCACACCAGGUGUUCGUGACUGAGGUCGAAAACUUCUGCCAGUCUUUGAAGGAUCAGGCGCAGUUCCUGGUGCUCUACCUGGAAGAGCUGAAAAGCGCAAUCUUAAAGAAGAAGGAGGAAGACGACAGCAAAUAUAGCAGGGAUGUGACUCAGCUCGAUGUCUUAACCAGUGCUGCAGAGAAGAUGUGUGCUCAGCUAGGGGCUGAGCUCCUGAAAGGACCGUCCCAAGUCAGUGUCUUGAUCAGUGAGGCAGAGAAGAUACAUCGUCACCGAUGGGCUGAAUUUUGCAAGGUGAGAACAUUGUAAAAAAAUGCAAGCUCCUGCAGUGAGGAUUGCGAAGCCCAGGUUUCAGAAAUCAACAGGGGAUUUUGCACUGCUCAUGCAGCGGCACGAGCAGUUUUCAAAGUGCAAAUUGCAGACAUGGUUCAUUUGCAGUCGUAAUCCCUGUCCUGUUGUGGGGAACUGAACCCUGUGCAGCACAAUCCAUUACAGCUCCUGAUGGAUUAAAUCUGCUCACUGUGUGGCAACUGCAGUUCCUAGCUGCACCAAUCUCUGUGCUACAAUUCAACAUGAGGCUGGCGGAAUAAUUCCUUAAAAACAGCGGCACCGGUGCACUUGUGGGGUGGAAAUUCUCUCACAUUACCAUAGAGCCCUGCAAAAGGGUAAGACACACCACACCAAACUGGGAUCCCGAUGGAUUUUAAUGGGAGUUGACUUUUUACAACUUCGUAGAUACCCCUUUUUUUCAUAUCCGUAGAAACUUAACUACUCGUUUUCUCUCUUUCUCCUUCUUCUAGGAAGAUGAAACGUUCACCAACUGGUAUGUAUCUUAUAUGUAUUAUUUUUAUUGGUUUUCCAAAUUAUUACAAACCAGUCCAAAUUAUUUAAAUUUAAUACAAAAUGUUUUCCCACUCCUGUUGCAAACAUAUGUUCAUUACUUCCUGAUGUAGCCACUUCAUUCUUGUUUAAACACCUCUUCAUCCUUCUCUUGAUGUUAGUCCAUUCUCACAGCCGACUUUGCUAGUUUCCUCACAUUCAGCACCUCUGUUACUUUUCAUAAAUAUAAAAUCCAUUUCAUGUUUGUGGUCCUGCAUAAACGUUGUUCCCAGACCUGGUGUGUUGAGAUAGUUAAUUCCCAUCCUCCUUUGUUCGGUCACAUUCCAUUCCUUGGAAAUCAUUCCUUCCUCUGUUCACCAACAGGCUGCGGCUAUAAAUAACUCUCCAUCAUGAUGACCAAUCUCUGCCAUUAAAAUUUCACUCUGAAGUUCUUCCUCAGCAAGCAGUUAAAAAACCCAGCCUUUUCACAAACGCAGGCUCUUGCCAGAUUUAGUUAGCAGCCAUUCAUCUUCUUUUAAUUGCUCCCUUAAACUCCUGUUCCAGUCCAAAGAUAAUUUAAAUAAAGUCCAUUCAACCUUGGUCGAGGGGGGAGGACAUAAUAAAACGUUAAAUCCUUUGCUGAGCAUAAUAAUAAUAAUAAUUUUUAUUUAUAUCCUGCCCUUCCCAGCCGAAGCCAGGCUCAGAGUGGCUAACAACAGUAAAAUGAUAAAACAUUCUAAAAUCAUUUCAUUAUAAAAUAAUUCCAAUCAGAUUAAUGGCAACCAUUGGGCUAGAGUUCUGUGAGGAUUGCCAAAGGAGGGAGUCAGGCUGUGCCCUGGCCAAAGGCCUGGUGGAACAGCUCUGUCUUGCAGGCCCUGCAGAAAGAUGUCAAGUCCCGCAGGCCCUAGUCUCUUGUGACAGAGCGUUCCACCAGAUCGGAGCCACAGCCGAAAAAGCCCUGGUUCUGGUUGAGGCCAGCCUAACCUCUCUGUGGCCUGGGACCUUCAAGAUGUUUUUGUUUGAAGACCGUAAGUUCCUCUGUGGGACAUAACAGGAGAGGCGGUCCCGUAGGUACAAAGGUCCUAGGCCGUAUAGGGCUUUGAAGGUUAAAACCAGCAUCUUAAAUCUGAUCCUGUACUCCACCGGGAGCCAGUGCAGCUGGUAUAGCACCGGGUGAAUGUGAUCUCGCAGCGAGGACCCCGUAAGGAGUCUCGCCGCAGCAUUCUGCACCCGCUGGAGUUUCUGGGUCAGUCUCAAGGGCAGCCCCACGUAGAGCGAGUUACAAUAAUCCAGUCUGGAGGUGACCGUCAUGUGGAUCACAGUGGCUAGGUCAGGGCGAGAGAGGUAAGGAGCCAACUGCUUAGCUUGGCGGAGAUGAAAAAAUGCUGUCUUUGUUAUAGCUGCAAUCUGCGCCUCCAUGGAAAGGGAGGUGUCGAAGAUUACACCCAAACUCUUUACGGAUGGUGCUGGCACUAAUUGCGCACCCGCAAGAGAUGGGAGUUGCCCCCCCAAUCCCAUAUCGUCCCGACCCAGCCAAAGGACCUCUGUCUUCAAAGGAUUUAACUUCAACCGGCUCCCACGUAACCAUCCAGCCACAGCUUCCAAACAUCUGAUAAAUCAAAUGCCUCCUCUUGUGGGAGUCAUAAAGCCACGGUAAAGGCUUGUAAUAUUGCAGGGUGCCCCCUGACCUCGGCUGACCAGCACUCUGAGCUUUACAAUGUAUUGGAAUGUGUUGACCUUAAAGGGAGUUGUGUUUCCUCUGGGCAGUGAUGACCCUAUAUGGUGAUGGGGGCAAUAAAAGCCUUGACCGGAUGAGGUAACGUGAGACAUUGGCAAACGGCCAUGCGGCUGGAGAGAGACAAAGGAUAAUAAAGAAGCUGCAGGAGGAGAGGGAAGUUCGAAAGGAGCUGCUCAUACCAUCCUGAAAAUAUUGCUGGCUCUCUGUGUCUUUAUUUUAUGCUAAACUGCGCCAUUUGUAACGGCUGGCUCCGACAUCCUCUUAUCUUUUCCUCGGUGUCAGACAAAAUAACAUAGCUAUGACUACACACGGCUCAUUCAUUUUGCAGGGGAGGUCAAGAAUCAACUGGUAUGUAUCUCAUCCUUUUGCCUCCUCCCUCCACCUUCCACAUGUAGAAUUUUUUACAUCUCUCUCCAGAGGAACUUCUGCACUAAUCAUGGCCUCCUUCCUUUUGAUCUGUCCGUUAUCACCAUCUUAACAUAAGUGUGGUGGGAGAUACACUUGGGCUGUUUUCCUGAUGGUUCAAUACCUUCAGUGACACGUGUGUGUGUGUGUAAUUUUGUGUUCCUCAAAAGUUCGUUUUUGCAGAAGCAAAUCAACAGAAGACAAAUGAACAGCAUGCUAUUGUUUCCCCCUCUCCAGGUUUGGUGAAGAACAUUAUAAGGAAAACAGUUCCAGGGAUCUGGAAAACAAAUGCUACGAAAUCACUGAGCUAAAUAAAACUUUGAAGAAGACGUUUCAGAAAUUCAAAGGUAUCAGUAAGCAGGAGAGAAGUGGAUGCGUCACUUCCUGUGAUAGAGUGGAACAAGGCUAUCGGCUUCAAUCCUGGCUCACAGUCCUGGGGCGCCUUUGGGCAUGAUGCCCUUGGUGGACCCCUACUCUUGAGAAGGCCCCUUCCUCCUCACAGCUCUCUUCAGUGCCCAUUCACUUGCAGCAGAGCAGAAUUUAAAUUGCGAUACGGCACACUAAAUUACAACCACAAACAUGCAAUUAAAAAUCAGUUGGAAUAUUUGGUGUGAUGGUUGUGCAGUCCCUCAUCUUCAGUCACAAAUCCUCAGACAAGCUACAGAAAACAUCACUGAAGUUCAUCCACAAAAGGGUUUAGGGACCCCUAUUCUAAUGCUUUCUGUUAUCCUCCCUGCCCUUUCUAGAUCAGAUGGCAACUGAGCUGUGGAAAGCCAGAAACGAAGUCCUGAAGAAAUAUGAACAAGGUGAGUUCACAGGGGGAUACCUGAGAGUCAGACUGGACUUGGUGUGGCAGAUACAUGAACAGGAUCCCUUGUGAUGGCAGUUGUACACCAUGGCCCUUAUUGGGAUGCUGUUACGAUUACUAUGGAUGGAGCCCAGAAAUGGUCACGGUACUCAAAGGAUGUGGGCAACCUUUCCCCUCCAGAUGCCGCUGAACCCAGUAUCCCUUGCAAUCAUGGCUAAAGGUGAAGGAAAUUUUUCUUCCUCUUAUGUAUUUAUUUAUAUUCUGCCUUUUCCCCUGACAGCCUCAAGUGUCAGGGACGUGGCUGAAUCGGAGGGGGAAGAGUCGGACUUGGGAGAUGAAAGAUUGCUUGUACAAGGAGAGACCGAGUCUGACUCUGGAGAUGAAAGAUGGCAGACAGAGCAGGAGGAAGUGGGCUCGACUCUCCCCCUUCACCAAUAGUUCUCUGACUCAGCUAGAGCAGACAUGGACAGCUCACAAGAAGGGGGAGAAAUAGAUGGCAGCAGGGAAGUUGCUAGGCAACCAGCAGAGAGCCAGCGGUCAGAGCUCCUCCUUUGAGAGAGGGGUGUGGGAAUUCCCCCCUCCUCCUCCUCAUUCCAGGAGAGCUGUAAAGGUCAGAAUGCAAUGGAAGUGCAACAGGGGAAAGGCUGGACGUUGGCAUAUUUUCUGUUGUGACCAAGGCGGAGUUUCAGAAUGAGUAACUCCUUUCAAGAGUGGCAGGCUGGGAGCCACUCUCUGAGUGUAACUUGUAAAUGAACGCACCAUAAAACUGCCAGGGAGUCAUUAAUUCUUAUCGAGGCUUGCUUGCCUGCCUGAGAUUGUUACAUCAAGGCAGCUUACUGAUAAAAAUAAGAAACACUAAAAACAUAGGAAAACCAAUAAUUGUUGUUGUUGUUUAGUCGUUUAGUCGUGUCCGACUCUUCGUGACCCCAUGGACCAGAGCACGCCAGGCACUUCUGUCUUCAAAAACCAAUAAUUAAAAAACAACUUAACAUUGAUAGUAUUUUAUCUCCAUUUAUCAUCUAUUAUACAUCAUACAAAUAAUUACAAUAAAAACAGUACAUUUUUAUUACAAUUUUGAAAAAGUAAACGGCAUAGGAUAUUUUUUAUUAUAUCAAGUAGUAUAUUUUUAAAAUAAAUACAGUAAUUCUUUUUUCAGCAGAGCAGCUUAGCCAUCCUAUAACCUCCCCUUCCUCUUGCAGAAAGUGUGUACUUGGAUCGUGACACAGCGCACACCUCGCUGGUCCUUUCUGAGGACCAGGGAAGCGCCUGGGAGUCGCACGAGUCGCCUGAGGAGAUGCCUUAUCACCCUGAGAGAUUUGAGAACCGUCAGUGUGUGCUGGGCUUAAACGGAUACACCUCGGGGAGAGUCUACUGGGAAGUUGAUGUGGGAAAGGCGAAAGAAUGGGGUGCUGGGGUGGCCAGAAAAUCUGUGGAGAGGAAGGGCCCUCUGGACUUUAACCCUGAUGCCGGAAUCUGGGGAGUAGGCCUAGACAGAGUUGGGUUAAACAAGGGAUACUGGGCUUUCACCCUUCAAGGUCCUAUUCCCUUGACCGUGCCAAAACCCCUCAAGAAGAUCCAGGUGUAUCUAGAUUACGACAAAGGGGAGGUGUCAUUUUGCAAUGCCACCGAUGCUGAAACCUUAAUCUUUACCUUCCCUCCGGCCGCAUUCAACGGAAAACAAAUCUAUCCCUGGUUUUGGGUUGGGAAGGGGGCUAUCAAAAUAUGCCAGUUAGAACCAGAAGAUAUCGAGCUCAAACUGGUAGAGGCUGGGCUUAUUAAACCUUGGGAUUACAGUGGUAUCUCUGGUUUUUGAUAAAAGAUACAGUGGUACCUCGGGUUAAGUACUUAAUUCGUUCCAGAGGUCCAUUCUUAACCUGAAACCGUUCUUAACCUGAAGCACCACUUUAGCUAAUGGGGCCUCCCGCUGCCGCUGCAUGAUUUCUGUUCUCAACCUGAAGCAAAGUUCUUAACCCGAGGUACUAUUUCUGGGUUAGCAGAUUCUGUAACCUGAAGCGUAUGUAACCUGAGGUACCACUGUACUAUGAUUUCUGAGGAAUCUCCUCUUUGUAGGCAUUCCCUGGAUUUGCAAUUCCUAAGCACUCUUACUUCCUAUUGCAAUACAUUCCCCUUUGUAAAUUGGGGUCUGUGGCCAGCUCCCUCCUUGCUUCCUCUACUUAAAUCACUUGGGUGGGAACGGCCUCAGGGCAUCUUCCUGUAUGGAAAUCUUAAGUACCGUCAGGUGGUUAAGCAUGUGACCCUGUUUCUUUUUAGGGAAAGGCGCACAAACGAUUGCAGCAGUUGUAUGUAUGGGGCUGUAGCCAACCUAGUGACGCACUGGGAUUUCUCCUUGCAUGAUGGAAUAUUCUCUCCCUCUGCUCCCCUGCUCCCCCCAACCUAUUUUUGAGGUCCUUCCAACGCUCUAUGGCAGUUUGGGGGAGAGGGGAAGUCUCAUUGUGCAAGUAGAAAUCCUGGUGCUGGCGGGACGCAUUAGUUGAACACUUCCCUCAGCUUCCAUGCCUAUCGAUGCAAUGCUGAGUGUGGAAUUAAUCAGGACAUAUUUUCGGUGUAUGCAUUGUUUUUUUUGGGGGGGUGGAGUGGUGUGGAUUGCAACGUGCAUUGCUUUGUUGGGAUGUCUCUAUCAAUACUGUUGGCAACCUGGUACCAUCCAGAUGUUUUAGACUCCAACUCUCAUCGGCCUCAGGCAGCAUGGCCAUAUGGAGUUUAGAACAUCUGGAGGGCGUCAGGUUGGCAAUGGCACAUGCGCAUGCACACACACAAACACACACACACUCCAUUGGUGGCACAGCAGUUUGGCACUGAAGUGGAGGGAAGGCACCAACAUCAAAAUAAAUAAAUUCAGCCCCACACGAAUCUCCCUUGAGGCACUGUCAAAGAACACAAUACUCUCUGGUUUUCUAUGUGCUGUGUUCUAUGCAAAACCCCUUUGUGACAGAGCAUGCAAAAAUACUGUGUUGCUUUGUUUUGCAGCGCCCCUGACAAAAUUAGAAAACAAAGUGCAUUGGGCUGACUAAGCAGUGGAGGUUCUCUGUUCUAUUUCCCACUUUUGGUGUUAAUGUAACUUUCUCACUGUGCCAGCUGAACAUACAUUUAAACUGCCUGUUAUCACUGAUUGUAAUUUUCACACCUCAUUGCCAUCCAGCUCCCACCUAAUCAUUUUCUCAUAUAUACUUGCCAACUAUGAUUUCCUUGUCUGCAUCUAACAAAGUAGGCUGUAGUCCACAAAAGCUUAUGCCAUAAUAAAUUUGUUAUUUAGGGUGCCAUAAUACUCUUUUUGUUGCCUUUUCUUAGGUUGUUCUUUUUACAUAUUGUACCCAGGGAUUUGCAUAGUUCUUUUUUUUAAACUGAUGUUGUUGGUACCUUUUUUGCUGUUCGGAAAGUUCCUGUAUCUAUUUGGCUGUUUCUUCAUGCUCUUUGGCUGUAUUCUAAUAAAAGUGAGAUGCUCACACUGAAAGUUU